GAAAACUCGAUCGGCUGUUUCUUUUUUCGCGCAUCUCCUCGCCUCGGGUUAAGGUUUCUUUUUUUUGGUUUUUCUUGGGCUCUCUUUUUGGAAGAUUUUGAGCUGGUUGCUUGGCUAUGGGAGUACCAGCGUUUUACAGACGGUUGGCGGAGAAGUAUACGUUGACUGUGGUGGAUGUGAUUGAGGAAGAGCCGGUCGUUAUCGACGGUGUCGCGAUUCCGGUCGAUACUAGUAGACCUAACCCUAACAAAAUCGAAUACGAUAAUCUGUAUCUCGACAUGAACGGGAUUAUUCAUCCUUGCUUUCAUCCCGAAGACAGGGUACAGACUACACGCAGUGAUGGGAUGAAUGGUUACAUUUUCCCUUGUGCUGGAGAUACUCACCCUCCUGUGUUUAGGUCUCCAACUGGAUGCAAGGAAGAUGUGAUGGCCCAUGAACUCAUACGUUGGAUGUACAGACUUCCAAAUGCACAUAAGCACAUGAUCGGUCGGCCUGCUGGGGUGGUGCAGUUAAGUGAUCUGAAACCUGAACCUGAGUUAUGGCAUGAAGAUUCUCGGAGGAAACCAUGGGAAAAUAGAAGGCAGAAUCCCCCUGGAACCGCUUCCGGAAAUAGACUCGAAGAGGCAUCACAUCGACUUCUUGUGAAUAGUUUGCAAUUGAAGGUUGAUCGUAAUGGGUUUGGCAUUGAUAUUCAUGCCCCACCUCUAGCUUAUGCCAAUGCUCCCCAUGUUUCACCAGUUAACCCUUAUGGGUUUCAUAAUCACGGUCAACCUAAAAUGGUUUCGCCUGUGGCAGAUUAUUCUAAUGCAGGUCACCAUGAACCUUCAGUGCCUGCUUUGCAAACCCCAUAUGCUCAUGCGUAUGAUCAACCCUAUAGUCCUUCAGCUUCCAACCCUUCUCACAAUGGGUCUCAUCCUCUUUAUCAGAGAAAUAGCCAAUAUGCUGCCAACAGCCAUGUAUCUUUCCCUCCAGGACUUCAUCAGAAUGGUGGAUCAAGAGAUACAUGCAAAGGCCUGUUAUACAAAUGUCCGCAGAGGCCGGUGCCUAUCCUUUUCGUCAAGGCAGUUAUGAUGCCUACCAGAGGUAUCCAUCAACUGAUGCUGGUGGUUAUCAGCGGUGGGGAGUUGGGACCAAUCAGCAACACACAUCUGGGGGGUAUGGCCACCAUCAGCGAGGCCCGGUGAACCAGAGAACUUAGCGAGGGCGAGAGGAUCAUCAACAAAGAGACAACCACCCUCACCAACGGUAGCAGAAUCAACAACACAAAGGUAGCCACCCACAAAAAAGUAAUAAAAAAAUAUGACAGGAACCAGCAACACAGAGAACACCUCCAAAAGAGAGACAACCAGCAACAAAGAAGUAACCCCAAUUCUGUAUUAGACAGAAAACGUAAUAAUAGGAGGCCACCUCCACCGGUUGGGAAUAGCUGUCAAUGAAUGUAACCUCUGUUUAACGCAUCUAAUUUGUUGUAUGAUAGCCUGUUGUUGAUUGGGUAUAGCUGUCAAUGAAUGUAAUCUCUGUUU